AUGUACCAUGCUACUAUCCCGCCGAUUGUUCACCACCAUGGCUACAGGAGUCAACAAGGUGCCCAUCCCCGCCGGGGAGUCGACUAUAGGGGCAAAAUCGUCCUUGCGCCCAUGGUGCGUUCGGGCGAGCUCCCGUCGCGCCUGGUUGCGCUCAAGUACGGCGCUGAUUUGGUUUGGGGUCCCGAAACCGUCGACAGAUCCAUGAUUGGCACGACGCGUAGGGUCAACGACGCCACGGGGACGAUUGAGUGGACGCGCCAGCCCUCAAACGGCCAAAAGGCCCCGCCCGAACAUGCGACGGAGAGCACGAUUUACAAGAUGCACCCGGCCAAGGAGGGAGAAAAGUUGAUUUUCCAGAUGGGUACCUCGGACCCCGAGCGGGCUGUCGCCUGCGCGCGGCUCGUGGCCGCCGAUGUAGCCGGCAUUGAUGUCAACGCCGGGUACAAGUUAUGCGCCAUCCUCGAAGCCCUCGUUAGGGAUAUCGUGCCCGAGUUCGAGAUCGGCAUCAGCGUUAAAAUCCGGAUCCUCGACACCGCCGCCGAGACCGAGACGCUCGUGAGGCGUCUCUGCGCCACUGGCAUCACCGGCCUCACGGUGCACUGCCGGACCACGCCUAUGCGACCACGCGAGAGGGCCAUCCGGGGCCAGUUGCGCAUGAUAGCAGACGUGUGUCGCGAGGCGGGCGUCGCGUGCCUCAUGAACGGGGACGUCACCAAUCGGGACGAGGGCCUCAAGCUGGCCGAGGAGUUUGGCGUCGACGGCGCCAUGAUUGCGACCGCGGCGGAAAAGAAUCCGAGCUGCUUCCGUAGCCAGGCGGAUGGCGGUCUCGCGCCCUGGCGGGAGGCUGUCGAGGAGUACGUCAAGCUGGCCAUGGAGGUCGAGAACAAGUACGGCAACACCAAGUUCCUCCUCGCCAACAUGGUCCCGGGCAAGCAGGUCCUUCACGGUCCCAUCACGCAGUGCAGGUCGCACACGCAGGUGUGCCAGCACCUCGACUUCUCGCACCUCCUCGAAAAGGCUAGGGCCGCUGACAUGGCCCUCGAGUUGGGCGAGUUCGCCCGGGCGCCGCGCAAGAAGGACAAGAAGGCGAACGCGGCCGCGCUGGCUGCCGGAGGUAACAUGGCCCAGGCGAGGAAGGCGAGCAAGACGACUGACAAUAAGCUCGCGCAGCCGAAUCGGCUAGCCCAACCAGCCCAGGCAGCCCAGACCGAGACUAGCCUCCCGGUAGCGGAGCCUCCCUUGCAGCCGGCCGUUGCUGCCUCAUCAAUGUAA